GGCGCUGCACUUGCAAUAUCGAUCCAGUUCAGUUAAAUAGGCCGAGCUGUUUUCGCUCACCUUUCUAUUGUUAUCAUACCUUGUUUGAUAAAGCGGUACGUAUAUUAAAUAAUUAUAUGAUAUGCAAUGAAUACGCCUACUUUUUUGCCAAGCUAUAUAUGUAAAUAGAAACCAUAAUAAUGUAAAAAACCCACGUAACGCCAAUUGUUUUGUUGUAUUUGUGUAUAAAUAAUUGCACUAUGGCGCAAUGGCCAGCGAGAGCAGUUCAGCUGUGUUGGAUCUAAACGACGCAGAUGCAACGGACACAGACGCUCCGAGCGUGAUGGACGUGGAUGAGGUCCCAGAUGGAGCGCCACUGAUCAUGGAGCAUGGAUACGACAUUGCUGUCAAGGUGGAUGCUCCAAUGAAACAGCUGUCAACUCUUGAGACGUUCGUAACAUAUCGUGUCCGUUGCGUCUGCGCACGUUGGACCACACCGCCACACGUCAGACGACGCUAUAACCAUUUUAAGCUCCUCCACAAGCGUCUGGCCGCGUCUCACCCGCUGGUGGCGCCGCCCCCGCUGCCCCCCCUGCACUCGGCGCGGCAGCAGCUCGACCGCUACUCGCCGGCCUUCGUCGCGGUGCGGUGUCUCGCUCUCCACUCGUUCCUCGAUCGCAUCGCGAAACAUCCAAUUUUAACUCACAGUGAAGACUUCAGACUUUUCUUGACCACGCCCGACGAAGAACUGGACAAGGUUUUCAAAAGCGAAAACAGCGCUCUGAACCUUUGGGGUCUAAGCAACGCGCUGUACGGCAGCGGUGAAGCGAAGCCCGCGAACGGUGCGAGAGUUAAGGAUCCGGAGUUCAGUUCAGCGGCGGACUACUUGCAGUCGCUACAGCAGAAGUUGACCACUCUCUGUACGCUGACCACCAAAUUAUAUAAGGGCUCGGUGUCUCUGAGUACUGAGCUUAUGGGCAUGCGGCGCGCGUGCGACGCGUGGGCGGUGUCGGCGGGCGGGCGCUGCGCGGGCGCGCUGGCGGGCUGCGGCGCGGGCGCGGGCGCGGCGGGCGCGGCGCGCGCGGCGGCCCCGCUGCGCCACCGCGCCGCGCUGCCCGCGCUCGCCGCCUACGCGCACGCGCACGUCGACAAGAUCCGCGCGCGCGACGCGCUGCACGCCGCGUACGUGUCCGGCAACAACACGACGGACGAAGUCCACAAUAGAUUGGAACAAGCUUCAGAGGCGUUACGUUCCGAACUCUCUGACUGGAUACCAAAAACGCACGCAGAAAUCAAGUCGUUAUUACUAGACUUAGCAGACAGACAAGUGAACAUACACACACAGACUCUAAUGGGCUGGGAGCACGCCCUGAAGCUUUCCACGGACGAUAUCUCCGAAAUGUUCAAAACAGUGUCAAAAACGGCCGUGCAAAAUCUCUCGCCGUCGAAAUGCCGAAGUUUGACGACGCCAAACGAAACCGAGCAAGAUAUAGAUGACAUCGACAAUUACAGCAACGAUUCAGAUAUACAGGAUGUUUCAAAAGAUGAUAUACAGCAUGUUUCAAAAGAUGACGUACAGGACGUUUCAAACGUUGACAUACAGGAUUCGAAGGAUGAAAGUCACGUGCAUGAGUGCGUCAAGGUUGAGAACGGUGACGAUUACGGGAAAUUGGACUCUAUAUCGAAGGAGGACAGCUCGAAAUCGGAUUCGAGGUUUUCGGACCCAUUGCAGGAAUUCUCUGAAGUCGAUCUCUCAUGAUUCUGCGAUACAUUAUUUUGUAACGUUAUAAAAGAUUUUUAAAUU